AUGGCAGAGUCUUCGGGCAGGCGAUAUCAAAUCCCUGCGACAUUACCUGGAGGUCCUCAGGAAUCACUAAGCAUCAAAGUCCACUCAAUGUUCAUGAAGCCGCACGUGGUGGAGAUUGAAGUUUCAGAUACCGUAAAAAUCCUCAAGGAAUGCAUUGAGGAUGUGUGCUGUCACCCUGCAGGAGACAUGAGCCUCUAUACGAAUAGUGGGAGAGCAAUGAUGGAUGACCAGCGAAUUAGCGAGUUUGAUCAGGCCGACAUAUCCACCAUCAUGCUCUACAAUUCAGGAAAGCGUAUGGAACCACUCCCUCUUGCUAAUCCUGAGGCAAUUCGGAAAUUAGGCCUGGUUCCAGCUCCGCCUUUUCGCGAGGGUACCCGUGUUUCGAUCGAGUCUGCAUUUCGAAUUACGAGAAUGAUGAUGGGAUUACCAUAUGACCUGCAGUCCAGUACACCUGUUCGACCGCCAAUGACUCGCAAGCCGCUCGAUGAGCCAAUCCUGGACAGAUCGGAACCCAAACCGCAAGGAGGACGAAGUCGACUGGAGACCAAUGUUGAUAGUUCCUCAGAGAAGGAAAUCGAGAAAAACAGCGAGAUUCUAGAUCGAUUUGAAGUGGCAAAGGUGCUGAAAGAGGACGCAAUCUGGUACAUUGAACAAGCCCUUAGAGUGUACCAGGAAUGGUGCACAGAAGUCCCUGGGAAUGGCAGCAAGCUCGCCGCACAUCGGGGAAACAAAAUGAGAAUUUGGGCCGACGCGGCGCGAUGGAGUCAAGAUCCGCCUUCUACACAAAUCACCUCCAAAGCUAAGGCCCAAUUUCACGGCUGGUGGGUGCGGGCGGCGUUCGCGAUGGGAAAUAGUCUCUGGCUGAAAACCGAACAUGUCGAUUCCAAUGUCCAAGACCCGUACCGACUUCAGCAAUGGCAGGUCAAUCAGUGCAGGACUGCCAUUGGCUAUAAAGAAAUAUCGACCAUCUUUGCAACCAACGUGUACAGCAAAAAUUUCGGUGCCAAAGCCAUGGAGCACGCACGCAGAUACCAAAAAGGCGCUUGGGAUGACAUUCCUCCCGUUUUCUUCGCCGCGCCCGACCGUCUUUUCUUCAAGUAUUUCAGAACCGGUUGGACAAACGACCUCAUUAACUUAGUUCCUUCAGAGCCUGAAUCUCUGGACCGUGCAGCGUACUGGCAAACUUACUGCCGUAACGGCCUCUUUGACGCGCUUCCUCGAUCGGCCACUCUACAUGAACGAGCGCUAGCACUGUGCGCUGACGACAUCGUGUUCCUGAUCUGCCAGGAGAGCAAACUUCGCAAAACUAAGGCCCCGAUUACCACGAUUGUGUCAAAACUCGAGGAGGAGCUGAGACCGCAUCUCGCGCGCCGGGCGCUAAGUACGCAAGCAGAAGCUCAUCGUCUAGGCCUCCAAGGAUUGAUUCAAGAAAAGGUUGAUUCUAUCACUGAAAGCUUCCGACAAGGCUAUGAACUGGAAUCUGAUGCGACUCCCAUCGGCCUUGAACUUUGCUUGCAAGAGCUGCUUGCGCCUUGGUACACCGUUACCACACUAAUGAUCAAGGGCGAUACUCCGUUGGAGAUUGUGGUCUAUCCAUUUGGCAACACCUACUACGAGAAUCGGAGCAAGGCUUCCGACUAUCGUCUCUGGGUCCGCUUCUUGACCAUAUAUAGGGUGGAACGGGAGGUUGGUAGGAUUCGAUCGCGGAUUCUUGCCGGCCAGCAGGUCAGUGAUGAUGACACGGAUCUUGCCAAAGCGUUCCGCCGAUUCUUGGAAUCCGGCCGGAAAGAGGAUAUGCCUUACAUUGCUAAAGACACCUGGAUCGCGCAGGGCGGCCCGGCCGCACAGGCCACAAGAAGCAAAGUGGCGCUCCAGUUUCAUCAUCCUGGAAUUGAUUCCGUGAAAACGUUCAAAGGGGACCCUCGGACCGAGAGCAUGUAA